AUGAAUCCGGGCCCCAGCCAUGUCCCACUGAUGCAAACGUUGAAGGGCCCCCCAGAUCUCGUGGGCAUAGGUGGCGUGGUCAGUGUGAACCAUCUGAGCCCCAUCAAUGGCCAUGACCAAAUGAGCAACAGCUCUCUGGUCUCUUCUCAGCUCUGCAGCUGCAGCAGCUACAACUCCGUCUGCUGCCCCUGCCGGGGCCUGUACAGGUGGGUUCUGCGUACAAGUCCAAAGGCCUUUAGCAGUUAACAAAACCUGCAUUUUCGUGGACCAGUCCACCCAGUUCUUCCCCGUCAGCCUUGGGAAGGCCACCAUAAAAUUUUCCUGAACCUCUGCCAUUUUUUUUUCUUUCUGGGGCUUGUGUUACUUACACGGCUGCUGCUCUCUCCAGCUUCCAGCUCUCAGUCAGUCUCAGUCAGUUUUAUUGCACAUAGCCAAAGGCUGCUGCAAUGUACACAGAAUUAUUUGACAAUUAAAAGAAAAUAUACUGAAUUGAUAAAAAAGACUUAAAACAUUUAUAUUAUUAAAACAUUACGUACUCUAAACAGAGCUAUAAAAGUAUCCCAAUGUACAAAUAAAAACAUUAAACAAUAAAAUUCAUAAGCUAAAAUCAUCACAUGGUCACUAAUAAUCAUCUCCUUUACAGUUAAUGGCUACCUUGGCUAUGCUCUAAUUUUCCUAGCAGCAGUUGCAAAAAGUGCUACACGCCAGGUCACAUACUUAUCUGUGUCUGCGAGGAGAUAUAAAAUCAUGUCAAAGGGGUUCUGGCCAGGGGACCCUGUCAUUAUAGGUACCAAAAAUCUUUUUCUUGCAUCAUUAUAUAAAGGACAGUGCAAGAUAUAAUGCAUAAGGUCCUCUACUUCAGAACAUCCCCUAAUGCAAACACAUUCGUUUUUGGUAUGCCUCUGUGUCUCCCAUCUCUAUAAGCAGAGCUUAUUGUAUUUAGUCGUAGCUCUGUAAAAGCUUUUCGAAGUUGUGCAAAGGUCAAUUCAUUAAAAUAAGAUAUGUGUUCAUUGGCCUCUCUAAGUUUAAAAUACAAUGGGGCGCAUGUAGAUGUGCACAUAGAGUUUAGAUCGUUUUUAGUUGCCACUGCCCUUAUGGUUCGUUUAAAGAUAUUUUUCUGGGAAUAUAAGGGAAGUUCUUUAAUCUCAGUCACUGAGAGGUCAUAUUUGCCCAUCAGUUGGGCAGCAUGAUGUACCCAGUUUUUAAGGGGUAAUCAAUUCGAGAGCUGUCAGGGAACUGCCAUCGGAGCCAGGGGGAGAGGGAGGGCUCCAGAGGGAUUCCGGAGAGCGUCCCGGGAGGGAGAGAAGCAGCACAUCUUCUGGGGAAGGAAAUCAGCGUAGCAACAGUGGAGAAGGGGGGCAGAUGGGGGAAUCGGCGAGGUGGCUCCAUGACUCUUCGCCGGGGACCAGCGGGGAGAGCAUGGGUCCUCCGCUGCCCACACCCUCCCUGCGCAGAAGGCUUCCGCGCAGGGAGACUAGGCGUCAAAGAACUUCUUUGCUGGAAGAAGUUCAAGAAACUGACGGAUUCUGCCAGUGAUUGAGACAGCCACGGGCGAGUGGCUGUCCGGACAGAAAAGGUUCACUCAGGCAACCCAGCCAGGUGGGGCGCCGAUUUACGCACGAGCAACCCCUAGAACCAUUACAAGAGCUCAAUCAGGCAUUUUUUUGGUAGCCUAGUGUUGUCCAUCUGUUGAACUCUAAACCAGUAGCAGAGAAUUCUUUUAUCUAUUUGGCUCUCUAUGCUCAACAUGCGAGUUUCCAACCUGACCAUGGCAGAUUGCACGUCUUUGGGUAAACCUAAAAGAACUCUUAAAAAAUAAUUCUGUGGGGGUUCCAAACCCGAGACCUUUGAGGUACCCCAAACCUCUGCACCAUAUAAAAUCUGGGCCAUUGUUUUUGCUUUAUACACAGAUAGAGCUGGGUUGACCAGAUUUCCACCAUUACAGGCAGCAAAUUUCAGAAUACCUUUUGCUGAUUUAAAGGCUUGCAAUUUAAUAUUGGAUAGCUGUGUAUUCCAAGAUGCCGUUUCUGAAUAAAUCAAUCCCAGAUAUUUAAACGUAUUUCUUGGUUUAUGAUGUGUUCAUCCAGGUGCCAAACAUGCUUUUUAGAACGCUUCCCAAAUACAAUGACCUGCGUCUUAUCAUAGUUUAUAGAUAAAGCAUUCCUUGUGCAAUAAGAACUUAAUUUUGCAAGCAGCCGUCUCAGGCCCACCUGGGUUCUAGAUACAAGUACCAGCUCUCAGCUCCCAGCUCUGGAAAAUGGCUUGCUUUCACCAGUGAGUUUCUACUGCUCUGUGCCUCCAGGCAUGGCACAAAACAGGCCUCUAGCCAGACUUUUAAGCUGCUGGCUGCAACAGACACACAGACCUCCCGUCCUGGCCAUCAAUCACCUCAGGACACGCUGCCAUUAACACGUUGCUAUCUUGGCCAUAACAUGUGUAGCAGGAGACACCCCCCCCUUCAUUACACUGUAAUGCACAAGCACCACACACACCUCCCACCUCCCUGAGCCUGGAGAUGCCCCUUCUAGAAGGGUAUCCCCUGAAAGCCUUCCGUAAAUAAGGAAGCGCUAACUUGACAGCUCUGCAUGGAACCCCUUUAUUUUGGUGCAUUUUCCCUGAGUAGACUGUGAAACUCUACCUCGCCCUAUUCUUAUAAUGGGUCGACCAGCUCUCCGAACUCGAGGUCAAUUGGCUGCCGCUUCAACCAAUCAGCGUUACCGAACAGCACCCGUUGUGGCGGCCACGCAGGUAUUGCAGGCAGCAGGCGCGCGCUUCUCUAUACUGUGACAGCCCUCAAAUACAAAGUUUCCGAGUUCAAUUGACCGUGACUGAUUUAAUCAAAAUGUUGCAACCGGCUUCUGGAAAAACGAAAGCGCUUUGAACUUCAAGGACAGUUUUCUUCAUAAAUUCACUAUAAAUCAGCAGUACAUCGGAUCUUCACCGGACCACUUUUAUUCUGCUUCAUAUCACAAGGACUAUCAAAGGGGGGUGACCUGAUACCAGUCAGCCAUAAUCCCUUGACUGAGCAGGCACGUACUCUACAGCCCUUCCCAGUUGACAUGGCAACCUUGAUAGUCAUCUUGAUGGGCUCAGACAGAAGACUAUCAAGGACACAACGAACUGCAUACACUAGUGGAUUAAACACGGACUAUGACAAAGGGACAGUGAUAGGAUUCCCCUCAGGGGGCAGGAAACUGCACCUAUCCCUUUGUCUUCUGAAAAUGACUCUUGGGGAGGGGGAGAAGGAGCUCCGGCCAGGUGUCAGGAUACUCAGAUUACCUAUGCAACCCCUCCCUGACUCCUCCUGUUUUUAAUGUAGUCAUGAUGUAGUUAUGAUGUAUUUCUAGGGGUGUAACACAGGGGAUUAGAAGCUAAUAAAAGUUGGGAGUCUUCCUUUGUUCUGGGCUUCCAUUUUGCUUCACCUUGUGGGCGGUGGGAGUCCUGUCGUGACAGUCUUUCUUCAAUAAAGACCAGGCCUACAGGCUGCUGAUUUGCUCCAAGUUACUCUGGUUGGUGUCUGCUUUUACCCAACGGAGCCCUCGGAAUUUCCGGUAACAGUUUUGGCGACCGUGCUCAGGGACACUUGGUUCUCCUGAGAAGGUGAGGAGGGAGAUAGAGGGGAUUGGGCGCCACUGGGCAACCUUGGCCUGGGGAUCAUUUUUUCCUCUCCCUGCCUCCUCUUUGCGGGCGGUAAUCAAUCAUCACCAAAAGCCCAGCCAGGGGGAACAAAGGCAAGGUCAAGCUGGCUAAAGAGAAAGGAUCCCGGGAUCCACGAGGGACAUCUAUGAAUGUGAGCAUGGUUUGAAGUAAAUACAUUGGGAGGGGGGUGGAAAGGUAACGUCUCCACGACAGCUGGGCUUUUCUUCUUUCUACCUCUGACGUCUCCCCUCGGAGUCAACCAGGAACGUCCUAAACUCUCUCUCUUCCUCUCCCCGAUUUCCCUCUCGGAGCCUGGCCGGGAAAUCGCAGAAACUUUUUGUUGUUCUUUUCUCUCUGAUGUCUCCCCUUAGAGUCGACCAGGAACGUCCUAAACUCUCUCUCUCUCUUCCUCUCCCCGAUUACCCUCUCGGAGCCUGGCCGGGGAAACCACGGGAACCCUCCUUAUAAUCCUUUUCUGACGUCUUCUUUCGGAGUCGCCCGGAAGCGUCCUGACAAAUCUCUCUCUCUCUCUCUCUCUCUCUCUCUGUCUCUCCUCUGUCCAUGCAAAUGAAGCCGCCCCUCCUGCUCGGCGACCCUUGUUGGGGAUGACCCGUGUACGUGAGAACGCAAGGUCAUUUGCUUCCUUUCAAAACUUUGCUUUCUCAGACCCCGAUCUGGCACUGCACUGUGCAGGCGUUCAGUAGGGAAUCCCGAACUUAGUCCCAAGGGCUAGGCAGGAGGCUGUCGUGGAUGAUAGAAAGGGAGGUUCACGAACCGGGGCCCCACACUAGGGCUAGUUUUGUAAGCAGCGCUGGGUAAAAAAAUUACGGAUCCGUGGUUUUCAGGCAGGUCGCCUGUGGUAGUUUGGGCUAGAGAGACCUGUGGUUUUCUGGUAGGCAGGGGUUGCCUUUAGUUAGAAGAAGAAGGAAAAGUCAAAUACUGAUAUCCUAUUCUUUUCUCUACCCCCCCUUCUUUGUCCCUUUCUUGUACUCUUUUUCCACCCCUAGCGUUGUAUAUUGAGCAACUCCUUGGCAUUAGACUGAAAUGGGAGCUCACGCUUCUAAACACUCAGACUGGACACCCCCCGGUGACCAGGCUUCUAUGAAGCCUCUUCGCCCUAGGGAGGACUCCGAUACUCCUCUUGAGUUCAUCCUUUUAAACUGGAAAGAACUAAGAGGAAGGAAGGGUCUCUCCAAGUCUAAACUGAGGGACCUUUGCAAUCUCUCGUGGGUAGCCUUCACCCACCAACUGGAGCCAGCAUCUCAAUGGCCACCUCAUGGCUCCUUUAAUCUCACAAAGAUGCAAGCACUUAGAACUUAUCUAGCGGACGAAAGGCCCCAACAACUUUAUUAUCUUAAUGCCUUCGUGGAAGCCCGCAAACUAUUUCACCGCAAACAAGCCCAAAUUGUCCGGCAGAUGGCCGUCUUAAAAACAACCGGACCUCCCCCAUAUGAUGAAAUUAAAGCCCAAGAAGAGCAACUGGAUAGAUCUCUUAUCCCUUUCUAUUACCCUGAGCCGAUGGCACCUCCACCGCCAAGACCAGGGGCCGGAGAUAGAGCAGGAGCAGGGGCUGGGACAAAUGCAAGACCUGGGGAAAACCUAACAAAUCCCGCCGCCGCCACCCCUUCACUCAAUACACCAGUCCCAUCGUCGCUCAACCUUCCCCAAGGCACAUGGGAAACAGGGGAGGACCAAACCGACCCAAAUAUGAGAGCGCCACUAAAUGAAGAUCUGUCUAAUGGGGAAAGAGACGGGCCGGUUUCCAGUAGAACACGGAACAGGGACAAUUUGGCUAACGGAGAGGUGGAGGGCGCUUUCCCCUCAGGGCACUCCCCAUACCCCCGACCAGGGCAGGAGACCCACCUCCCAUGGUAUUCACUCACCAGCCCUUUCUUACCGCGGACUUAAUGAACUGGUCGGACAAAAUGCCUUCUCUCCGGGACGACCCUGACAAAUGCCACCGUCAAGUGGCCACCAUCUUCUCCACCCACAACCCCACCUGGGCAGAUGUGCAUAUGCUACUUGGGGCCCUUUUUAAUGAGGCAGAAAAAGGAAAUACUGGUGAAAGUGGGGGAGGCUUUAACCCGGGUAGACUACCAACCAGGCCGUCCCGCUUCAAUGGCUCCACUUACCGCCCAGAACUUAAUUAACGACCCAGACUGGGACUACAAUACUGAUAACGGUAUCUGGGGCUUAAAGAUUUUUAAGAAAGCCAUCUUGGAUGGAAUAAAAGCUGCAGGACAGCGGACUGUGAAUUGGACGAACGUCCAAGCCGUCCCUUCAAGGACCAGAUGAACACCCCGCCGACUACUACACCCGGCUAGUAUCCGCGAUUAAAACUUGGGGUGGGAUUGACCCGGAGAGCCCACAGCACGAGGUCAUCGUUAAAGGGUUCUUUAAGGACCAGGCAACACCCGACAUACGGAAAGCAUUAAAUUCGCACCUAGGGUAUGACGGGAAAACAAUGAAUGAGAUUCUUUCCAUUGCAAAGUCCGUUUUCAACUCAAGGGAUGAAAGGAAGCGAAAAGAUCCAAAGCCUGAUUCCCCACGGGUACUAGCUUAUGCAAGUGGACUCCCUUCCAAAGAUAAGCCAAGAGGGAAAGGGCACGAGCACACUGGAGGCCCCCUCUGUUAUCACUGCAAUGAGCCGGGGGACAUGAAAAGAAACUGCCCCCUUCUUACCCGCACACAAGAUCAGGGAAUUAGGAGAAUGGACUAUAGGGAGUACAAACCCUUUAAAUCAGAAUACAGGGAACCAACCUACCCCAAACUCAAUGAUCCUACCACCCAGUAUGGAUCUUCUCAUUUUCAAAGUCAAGCACCACCUGCAAGGGGAUCUACUGCAACCCCUAUGGGACCCCCUCCUCUGCCACGACCAAGGAACCCACCUAACCAUACCAACAACCCUUUCAAUCACGCUAACCGACCAACCAACAUACCCUACAAGAUGGUGAUGGAAGAGUAUCAUGAAUAUUGACAAUCAGAAGCAGAUCCCGCCUCCUUUUCCUUUCUUUGCCCAGUCUUACAACUAUCCUCCUCUGACCCCAUCUGCACUAUGCAAAUCGAUGGACAAUCUUAUGACUGCCUCCUUGACACUGGGGCCACUUACUCCACCCUUACCAAUAGCCACUUGGCCCCGGGGGAAGAAACUAGGACUGUGAUGGGACUCAAUGGAAUCCCCCGGAACUGCCCCCUUUCCAAACCUGCAAAAGUCUCAGUCGGACCUCUAUUGGUCAAACAUACCUUCUUACUAACCUCUAGCCCCGUCAACCUCUUGGGGAGGGAUCUGCUCUGCAAACUGAACGCUACGAUCCAAUGUGGCCAGGAAGGAAUUUAUUUGCACAUGCCAAAUGACUCCAUUUUCAAUUUCCAAGGGAUUCUUCAGGAAGCUAACAGCAAAGCCAUUGAUCUUCCUCCCAAACUUCUCAAUAGUGUUCCCCCUUGGCUAUGGGGAACCGAAUCGACAUCAGUUGGACUCCUAAAGUCUGCAACCCCAGUAAAAGUAAACUAUAGGAAGGACCUACCGUUUCCUUGCACCAAGCAAUACCCCCUACCCCCGGAAGCAAUAGAGGGACUCACUCCAAUGAUUGACGAGUUCCUAAAGAUGGGAGUUCUAGUUCCUUGUGCCUCUCCGUGUAACACCCCUCUCCUUCCUGUCAAGAAGCCCAACACAAACCCCGUCAAAUGGCGCUUGGUGCAAGACCUCAGACUCGUCAAUUCUUUCGUUAUUCCCAGGCACGCUGUAGUCGCUAACCCCCACCACCUUUUGAGCACCAUUCCGGAGGGAACUGUAGUUUACUCCGUCAUCGACUUAUGUUCUGCCUUCUUUAGUAUCCCCGUGGACCCAGAGAGCCAAUUCCUCUUUGCUUUCACCUGGCAAACCGGUCAACUAACAUGGACCCGGUUGCCUCAAGGAUAUGUAGAAUCUCCGGCAAUCUUCUCUUCCAUAUUACAUCAAGACCUAUUAGAUGUGGCCCUUCCGGGAGGCUCCACCCUCAGGCUUUACGUUGAUGAUAUCUUGCUUUGUGGGCGGGACUUAGAAUCCUGCAGAUCAGACACUAUAGCUCUCCUGACGAUACUGGCACAUAAGGGACACAAAGUAUCCCCAAAAAAGAUACAGUACUGCCAAAAGGAAGUGAAAUACCUUGGCCACAUCCUGGGAGAAGGCACCCGUGCCCUAACCACAGAUAGGAUUGAGGCCAUAACUAAGCUACCCCUUCCUAAAACGAAAAGACAGCUCAGGGGCUUCAUCGGGAUGAGCCGAUUCUGUUGCGCCUGGAUCCCCCGGUACGGAGAAUUCACCCGUCCCCUUACUACAAUGACCCACGACAAUGCCCCAGACCAACUACAAUGGACUGCGGAGGCCCUUGAAGCAUUCGAAUCUAUCAAACGGGAGUUGAGAUCUUCACCUGCCCUCGGACUCCCUGACUAUAGGCUGCCUUUCUCUUUAUUCGUCCAUGAAAAUAAAGCGGUAGCGUCUGGUGUCCUCACACAACCCUUUCAGGGAAGGAAUAGGCCUGUCGCCUAUUACAGCCUCCAGUUGGACACUGCUGUAAUGGGGAACGUGGGGUGCCUUAGAGCGGUGGCAGCUGCAGCAUUACUCCUAGAAAAGGCGCAAGAGACUAUUUUGGGACAUGAUCUAACUGUAAACGUCCCUCAUGCCGUAGCUACCCUUCUCAGCUUACAAGGGUGCCAACGCUUCACUAUACAAAGGCUGAACAGGUACGAGGCUAUCCUCCUCAGUCCGUCCAAUGUCACCAUAAAAAGAGUAAACUCUCUCAACCCUGUGACUCUCUUACCCCUCCCCGACGAUGGAACCCCACAUCACGACUGUUCCCAAGUGGUUCGCCAUGCCGAAAAGCCAUGGGAAGACCUGGACUAUCUCCCCUUAGCGGACCCUGACCUCAUCUUGUAUACUGACGGAAGCUCGAAGGUAGUGGGAGGGGAACGGAAAAGCGGAUACGCUAUUGUCAGCGACAUCGACCUCUUAGAAGCACGCCCUGUCCAUGCCAAGUACAGUGCGCAGGCUGCUGAACUUAUUGCUCUCAUCCGAGCCUGCGAACUGGGGGCGGGACAAAGAAUUACCAUUUACACAGAUUCAAAAUAUUGCUUUGGGUUGGUUCACGCCACCGGACAGAUCUGGCUGCAAAGGGGCUUCUUGACAGCUGCAGGCACCCAAAUAGCCCAUGCGCCUCUAGUGGAACGUCUCAUGAAUUCCAUACAUCUCCCGGAAGCUAUAGCGGUAGUGCAUUGUAAAGCUCACACCAAAGGGAAAGACCUGAUCUCAGUAGGGAACCGUUGUGCUGAUCGCGUAGUGCAGGAAGCAGCCCUAUAGCCGCUAUCUGCAGACAAUGAAUUCCAGGGACCUCAGGUUCCUUCAGAUGUGGACUUUGAACAAAUGUACAAAACUGCAACCCCAGAGGAGAUAAAGGGAUAGGAGGAACAAGGAGCUCUCUUAGAAAAUGGCAUUUGGUAGCUUCCCGAUAAGAGACUCUUAAUGCCCAGACUCUGGGUACCCAAACACUUAAGGAUCUUACAUCAGUGUACCCACUGGGGAAGGGACAAGCUCAUAGACACGGUACAACGCUGUUGGUAUGCCUCAGGACUAGCUCUCGCUGCGAAAGCGACAGUGAGGAAUUGUCACACCUGCCAAACCUUUAAUCCUAAGCAUACCGCCAGAUGUCCACCAGGAGCCAGACCAUGGGCUUUCGUCCCAUUUGAGAGUCUACAAGUCGAUUUCAUAGACCUACCCCCUUGCCAGGGCUACAAACAUGCCCUUGUCAUCAUUGAUCAAUUGACCGGAUGGGUGGAAUGCUUCCCGACUCGCUAAGCUACUGCCCAAAUAGUCGCUAAAGUUCUACUGCAUGAAAUAAUACCACGAUUUGGGGUUCCAAGACACAUAGACAGCGACAGGGGCUCACACUUCACCUCCGACAUAGUGCAACAAGUAGCUAAAGCUCUAGGGGUUAAAUGGAAAUUACACACCCCAUAUCACCCCCCAUCCUCAGGGCAGGUUGAAAGAAUGAACCAGCAGCUUAAGUCUCAGCUGGGAAAACUCUGCAAAGAUUCUGGAAUCAAAUGGGUCAAUGCCCUCCCCUUGGUCCUACAUAAUCUCAGGGCAUGUCCCCGUGGGAACCUGAACUUAUCUCCUUAUGAAUUACUUUUUGGGAGACCCUCCCCCGUAUACAACACCCAAUUUCCCCCAUCAGAACUAGAAGUAGGUGAGUCUGAAUUAACCAAAUAUAUAAUACAGCUCCAGAAGCAACUGAUUGUUCUCCACAGAUACUGCGGCCGGGAGUCAAAACAUACCUCUAGACGAGAACAUCCAUCCGUUCCAACCAGGGGACUGGGUACUGGCAAAGACUUACCAGAAGGUACCCCUACAGCCCACCUGGGAAGGACCCUACCAGGUACUUCUAACUACCCCAACCUCUGUCAAGGUAGCAGAGAAGUCGGCCUGGCUACAUCAUACCCGCUGCAAACCUGCUUCUCCACCCGACUCCGCCACUGACAACGCGCCCUACUCUACUCCCCACAACCGGCAGGCGACGACACCGGCGCGAGGCGAACCAACAGACCGGACCAGAUCGGGGCACGCAUCGAGCCCAACAGCCCGGACCAGAUCGGGGCACGAAUCGGGCCCUACAGACCGGACCAGAUCGGGGCACGAAUCGGGCCCUACAGACCGGACCUGCUUCAACACCAACACCGACCCAUUGGACCUCUGAAAUCGUCACUACAACGGACAACCGGGAGCAACCCCCGAUCCGCCUCCAACUCCGUAAGGCACCGCUUCACGCCGUUUGACAGCUUGCCCUUUGACAGCUUCGCGUUUGACAGCUCGCCUUUUGACAGCUCGCCUUUUGACAGCUUGCCUUUUGACAGCUUGCCUUUUGACAGCUCCGCCUUUUGA